AGCAGCUUUAAGAUGUCGUCCAUGCGUUUAUCUUCGUUUGUGCCCACAGGGUUCAUACUUGGGUGCUUCAGACUCAGCUGCUAUGCAUGUUUACAAGGGGGACUAGUCAGUGCGAUCUGAUGUCUUUUUGGCAAGAUACCCGUUACAUCCAAGGCUGUAUAGUUCUCCCCCGUCUCUAGGCUCUUGUAACAUUUCAAGUCGAAUUUAAGAUAUCUUCAACUGUGGGUAGCUUUGCUUUCUAUUUGAGCGGACUAAGAAGACGAAACAAGGUAGCAGCAAGCUCAGGAAGUUGAGCGUAUUGGCAACCUAUUGGUACCGAUGGCGACGGCUUUUGUGACACCGCUCUCAACUUCUCAUGCUGUGAUUGAUUUUGGUUUCCGUGAGCUUAAGCAAGUGACUUGCAUAAGAAGCUGUAAAUACGAAAGAAACGAAUCUGCAGGGACGCUAUGGCGAAGCAGGUUUCAUCAAUGUAAAGCAUGCUUUAAUCUCCUUCGUAGACCUAGAAACGUGGGUUCCACUCACCUUCUAGCUCAAAAUUCAAGUGUGCCAAACGGAAAUUCCUUCAUUUUGAGGGUGCGAUCUGAGGGCGAUACUCAUAACGGAACACCUAAUUCCCGGCUGAGCUCCUCUAGUAGCCAACAAGCCGGCACUACUGAGUUGGAUUUAAUGCAACUGAAGGAAAUUGAAGGAAGAUCAAAACUGCUAGGGAAACUAAGUGAGGCGAAUCAAUACAUCAGCCAUUUACAAUAUGAGCUGCAACUCAAGGAAGAUUCUUUGACGGAUACUGGGAAGGAGCUUUCUGCAAUGGAGAUGGAACUUCAGGUUCUCAUUGAUAUGGCUCAAGAAAUAAGCGGACAGAUCAUCAAACCAGGAUCCCGAAAAAUCAAUGGACUCGACUUACAUUCCUAUCUUGUGGCUAGACUUGAAGAGAUGCAGAAAGUUCUACAUGAGCGAAUCAAGGACGCCAAACAAGUACAAACCCGGAGCAUUGACCUUGUGUAUUGUGGAAAGGCUGAGGAUGUGCAAGUAAUGGGCUCAUUUGAUGGAUGGACACGAGGAAAAAGAUUGUCACCGGCGGGCUCAGGGACUUCUAAUAAAUUCACCACCACCAUUGACCUUCGACCAGGCCGGUAUGAGAUCAAGUUCUUGGUGGACGGAGAAUAUCAAAUGUCACCCGAUCUUCCUACAGUAGGUGAAGGCUUAGUUAUGAACAAUCUACUAGUUGUGGAGCGGUUCUAAAUGUGUGCACUUUCCAGCUCUUCAUCAGUGGACAUGAUUCAAUUUUCAUCUUUGAUUCUGAGUGUGUUGCUGAUGUUCCUCGCUGGAACGAUGUCUCUUAAAAGGGCAGCAGAGAUGGGUUCAAGCAGUUACUUGUUCUGUAACAAUUUAAAAUCUGCAAAUACAGGUAGAGAAAUCUUCCACAUCACUUCUGCCAGUCAACCCAUGCAGGUGUCAAGCGGAACAAAUGUUGCCUUGCACUACUUCCAGGGUGUUAAGAUCAAAUUUGCAAUGUGGCUCUGCCUGACCUUCUCCAUACUUUGCUUUCAACA